AUGGUUGCAUACAAGAAGAGUCCUAUUGUUUUUCUAUUUGCUACAAUGAUGAUUAUCUUAUUUAUGUUUUGUGGAAGUGGAGAAACAAGAACAUUAGGGUACGGAGCUAUUAAAAGAGGCCAAGUUCCGGCAUGUGGCUCUAAAAACCCCAAUUCAUGUGUCAAACAACCAGUUAACCAUUACCAUAGAGGUUGUGAAAAACUUACCAGGUGUGCUCGUGAUGCUGACUCCUUCCAUGUCGAUGAAACAUUUAUUAAUCUCCAUUGAAAUCGAAUUUUUACU